AUGGUGUGCAGAUGCUGCAUUUGUCUCCUCAUGUGUUGCAUCACCAAUACACCAUUUAUAUUGGAGCAGCCUGGGAGUUCACUUUUGGAGUGGCACCCAUAUUUUCAACUGCUGUGUCGGCGAUUCAAAAUCUACCGCGUAUUUGUAUGGCUUGGAUCCUUCGGAGGAGGCAGUCCAAAGCCGACGUUGCUGUACUCCAACUAUCAAUGGAUUCAAUCCCUCUACUUGCCACUGCCGAGCAAUGUGGAAUGGACAUCGGAGAUGAGCCGGAAGUAUAUCGAUGGGUCAGGAAUUCUGCGUGUUUGCGGGGGCAGUGACCUGAAGAACAGCCAAUACUACCCGAAGCUCUUCGGACAUGCUGUGGCACAGGCCUUUCAGGCUCAUGCGAAAGAGGUUCAGGAUUCUGUGAAAACCCAACUGAUGCUCGGUUCAAGUUGGCUUCCCAACAUCAGCUCCCAACAGCCAUUGACAGGCAAUCAAUGGUUUCUCAACCGUAUGCCAGUUAUGACAUAAUUCGGCUUCGCAU